AUGGCGAUAGGGCCCAGGGGCGUCGCAAUCGCUAUUUGGGUGUCCUGCGGCGUGUUGCUGGUCGCGGUCGUCUGCCUCACCGUAUUUUUGUUUCGCCAUCAGCGUCGUCGCAAUCUCAAGUCCGCCACUUAUGAUCAGCAGAAGCAGAUCGCAAGUAGUGAUACGUGGGACACUGAGGGCGCGAGUCCUGCCUUGAACCUGGCUGCUCCGUGCGGCAGCACUGCGACGGUAUUGUACCAUGGGUUUCAACGUUGCACUGCAGAGGAGCUGGAGGCGACGCCGUCGCCGACCAGUGCCUGGAGCUUCCCCGCGCCUCUAGUCGUUCACUUGCGUGUCCGUGCCGAGCAGGUGUACAUGGAUGUGUGUGACAUUCUGCUAACCGUCAACCGACUGCGCGACAGUCUGCCGUCCGACCACAGCAGUCAGCAAAUCCUGGGCAACGACGGCUACUACCACCAGGACUAUCUUCUCUACACGGCGCCACUGGAGUUCUGCGAGGCAGGUGUGUACGUUAUCCAGGCCCAUACGGUGCAUCCAGUGAAGGAGGUGGUUGGCGCCGUGCACCAGUUCGUGUACGUGGUGACUGGGAUGGCCCCAUCCAAUGAGCGAAAACCACCCCCGUCGCCGGCGAAUGUGCCUCUGCUCACGUAUGCGGCCGGUAGCGCAGCAGGCAAUCCCACAAAGGCGAUCGAUAUCAAUAUUGCGCGGCGACAGGCGGAACGGGCACACCCCAGUGAGGAUGCCUUUCAACAGGCCGCGCACGUAGACCCAUCUGCGCAUAGACAGACUUCUUUUUCUGCCACGGUGGCACCCUCAGCGGCCACCACCGGUGGCGUGCCGCUGCCGCCGGUCAUCUCCCCCAGCGGGGGUGAGGUCACCACGUCCACGGAGAUCAUCAUCACACCACACGAACUGAGCACAACACCCGAUCAGCUGCGGUACAGCGUUGACGGAAGCUACCCCACCCUGCUCUACACGGCUCCGUUCAAGGUGAGUCUGCCGCCACCGUCGCUGCUUCCUUCGCAGCGCCGCCAGGUGAUUGUGCAGGCCAUCGCCGUGCACGCUGCCGCUGCGUCACCAGGCAAGGACUCUACUGUUAUUUCGGCGUCCUCAUGGGUGCCCGGUGGAAGAGUGAGCUCUAUCUCUCGCGCCGUGCUGCAGGUGCGAUCUGCUGGGCUGUCGUACUUUGACCCGCAGGUGCCGACGCCGUCCAUGCGGCUACGCGCCACGGAUGCGAUUUUGUACUUUGACGAAUCACACAACCCGCCACAGACGCAGACACUCUACGAACUUGUCUUUGUGAACGAGUCUCGGCGAAAGGUAAAGUUUAGUGGGCAGCGCGCGUGUUUUUACGACGGAAAUCCCAUUGCGCUGACGGAGAACGUUGCUACUGUGCAUGCGUGGACGGUAAUGAGCAGCGAUGCAGCAGCGGCACGGUUCAGUGGCGGCUCCGGCGCUGACACGGCAGAUCGCGUGCGCAGCGUACCAACCAUCUACGACUGCAGCCGAGGGGCCCUCGAGCAUGGCAAGCUUAGUCGCCGGCGGAUGGAGCAGUACAACAUCCAUCCUGAGCAGCUCCUUCCGCCGCCGGUGCUUUGUGUGUCGUGCAACGAGAUGAAGCUGGCUUUUGACGACCCGCCAGCAAACAGCCGCAUCGUCUACACGCUGAACGACACCGAACCGGUGCUGUGUGACGUGAACCCGCCGGCGUGCGCAGUACCGAUGAGCAAUGACACCUGCGGUUCUCGCCAGCGGCAAGGAGGAAAGAGAGAGGACCAUGUUAGCCCCAUUCUCGGUGAUCGGGACGGUGCGCACACCUACGUAUAUCAGCCAGGCAAAUACAUCCACGUGACGCUCAUGGAAAGUCAGCCCGUCUACGUGACGGCGCGUGUGUUCGUGCCGAUUUUUGAGGGCGACGACGGAGCUCUGUACGGUGGAAGAGGAGCGCAGGGAGGCAGCUGCUUGGGUAGCGGGAAACUGCUGGGAUACCGCUACGGCGGCGUCUUUCAUCGCGGAUUUUACUUCAACAGCAGCUAA